CUUUCCAUCAAUUUAUCUUGCAAAUAACAACAAAAAUUAAAAUUUUCCAUCAAUGUAUACCCUAAAUCUUUACACUCCAAAACCCAAUUAUGUAUUACAUAAUACCAAUUCUAAUAAUAAAAUCUUGGCCCAAAACCAAAAAUUUAAAUCUUCCCAAUUCAAACAUGUAAUUAAGACUAACCCUUUUCAGAUUAAGUGUAAAAGUUAUGAACUCGGUGUUUCAAUUUCUGAAAAUCAUAAUAGUAAAAAAAAUUCUUUGUUAAAUUUGAAAGAAUUUGAUGUUUCUACACUUGGGAAUUUAUGUGUUGAUGUUGUGUUAAAUGUUGCUAAAUUACCACCUGAUUCUGUUGAUGAAAGAAAAGAUUAUAUGGAACAGCUUUCUAAAUCACCACCUGAUAAGAAAUACUGGGAAGCUGGUGGUAACUGCAACAUGGCUAUAGCAGCAGCAAGAUUAGGAUUAUGUUGUAAUGUCAUUGGUCAUGUUGGGAAUGAAAUUUAUGGAAAGUUUCUCUUGGAUGUGCUUCACGAUGAGGGGAUUAAUGUGAUAGGGAUGAGAGAAGAGGAGGAUGAUAUUAUCAACAGGUCGAGUAGUGAAUACGAGACACUUUUAUGUUGGGUCUUGGUGGAUCCGUUGCAAAGACACGGGUUUUGCAGUCGAGCAGAUUUUAGCAAGGAGCCUGCAUUUGCUUGGAUGAAAAGAUUAUCUGAUGAAGUGAAGUCAAAUAUUCAAAAGUCAAAAGUCCUUUUCUGUAAUGGAUAUGGCUUUGAUGAGCUUCCUGCUGGACUAAUUUCUUCUGCCCUGGAAUAUGCGAUCGAAGUUGGAACAUCCAUCUUUUUUGACCCCGGACCAAGGGGGAAGUCUCUUGCUGUUGGAACACCCGAAGAACAAGAAGCUCUUGCCAAGUUGUUGAGAUUCAGCGAUGUUCUUCUUCUAACUUCAGAAGAGGCUGAAUCAAUGACUGGCUUGCGUAACCCUGUAGCAGCUGGAAAGCAGUUGCUCAAUAAAGGAGUUCGCACAAAAUGGGUGAUUAUUAAAAUGGGAUCAAAGGGUUCUGUUCUAAUCACCAGAUCUGGCAUAUCCUGUGCACCUUCAUUCAAGGUUAAUGUCAUGGACACUGUUGGAUGUGGGGACAGCUUUGUGGCUGCAAUUGCAUAUGGUUACAUACACAAUAUGCCAUUAGUUCACACAUUGACCAUAGCCAAUGCAGUGGGCGCAGCAACGGCCACAGGUUGUGGGGCUGGUAGGAAUGUUGCAAAUUUGCAAAAGGUCAUCUCACUAAUGAGGGAGUUAAACCUUAACGAAGAUGACAACUUUUGGAACAAACUACUUCAUGAAAAUAUAAAUGAAGAAGACGUCACCGUUCUCUCAAAAUCAUCAGUAAAUGGAAUCAAUGACGGAUUUUUGAACCAUGUGACACCCCAAAAGGUGGUGAGUGAGGUUCUUCAUAAACUUGAGGCUCCAUUGGCAGAUGGAAUACUGUCGUCUUGAAAAUGUAGUUUCCCCUGAUUUUUCCGAGUAAGCUCGUGAUUAUUGAUUUGUGUAUGCUAUUAUAUUUAGAGCAGGAAACAGAAAUGUUAGAAACUGAGAUUUGGUGAUGUGGUUUUGGUGUUCUGUGUUGACAAGCAUUGAAAAUCAAUGCUUGCUGCUAUAUUAAUGUAGAGCUACUUUUUUGUUUAUUGUUGUAAAAACAGCUGAAUUUUGGUUAGUUGAUGAAACUAUGAAAGCAUUCCUUUAGGUGGUUA